AUGGAAAGUGGAAGGAAGUUGCAGUAUGUGGUUACCACUGCCGUGUCGCUUCUUACCACUGCAAUGGGUAUUUUUUCUGCUUGGCGGACACCAAUGAUAUCAAAGAUAUGGGCUAAUGAAACUAAGAUUCACAUAGAUGAUGAAGACGAAUACAAGAUACUUUUAAUGACACCGAUCGGGUUCUACAUCGGGGUCGUGUUCGCGGGAUUCUGUUGUGACGGUUUCGGACGAAGAACUACAAUACUCAUAAGCGCAGUUAUCUUCGAGAUUGGCACGGUUUUUGCCGCUUUUGGAAUAAAAGUUUGGAUGCUCUGUGCUAUGGAGUUCUUUUGGCAAUUUGCAACUGGUAUGCUGACGGUUGCAUCAGGCAUUUAUCUAGCAGAAAUUGCAGACCCAGACAUAAGGGGUCGGCUCGUGGUGGUAACAAGAGUUACAUUUAGCUUAGGAAACAUCCUAAUACUAUCAAUUGGUCCAAAAGUUUCGUAUGAGAAGAUGAAUUACUGGCUUCUACUUGUCGCUCCAUUGGCGUUUGUGGCGUGCUAUCCUAUACCGGAAUCACCGUAUUAUCAUCUAAGGAAGAAUAACGAAGAAGCAGCGAGGAGAGAGUUCGCGAGGAUACGGGAGAAUGAAGGAACCGAGACAAUCCAAACUCAAUUCAAUCGGCUCAAAUCUCACACAUCUAAAGAGCUCGAAGAUUCAAAAUCGUUCUUCAAAUGCCUGAUCAAGCGGCGAUAUACAAAAGCAAUCAUUGCCACUUUUGGUAUGAAACUUAUCUACCUGCUGUCAGGAACAGUCGCUAUACAGUCCUAUUACUCCACUGUAACGUGGGAAAGUGACGUCGUAUUAUCCGUAAACGAUAUGUUUAAAAUUUACAUGUCUAUACGGAUAAUUAUUGGGUUAGCAUCAGCUGUAUUAGUGGACAAAGUCGGGCGGCGUCCAUUAUACAUGUCCUCUUUCAUAGGAUCCAGUAUCUGUCUGUUUAUAAUGGCGAUUUACUUUUUAUCCCGGGACGUACUACUAUUGGAAAAGAAGAUCUUGCAUCCAUUUGCCAAUGUUCGAUUCGCCGCUCUCAUAAUAUUCAUUAUAACUUCUUCAUUUGGUGUAGCUUCACUAACGGGGUUGACUACUGCUGAAAUGUACCCCCUGAAUGUAAGAACCAAGGGCGUUGUGGGCGUCAAUUUAUUUGCAGCUCUAGGUUUUGCUUUCGGCAAAAUGAUGAAAGCGAUAAGAGGAUCGGGAGGGGAUUUAGGAGUGUUUUGCGCGUAUGGUACGGGCGCUGCUAUUGGAUGCGUUUUUACAUACUUCUGUCUACCGGAGACGAAGGAUAAGAGUUUAAAUGAAAUACGAGAGGUGCUUCAGGGGAAGAGUAGAAGCAAUGGAGUGGAAAUGACCAGUAGAGAGGCGUGA